CAUCAAUGUCACAUCUAACACAUUCUGUCAUCACUGUCACAUCUAACACAUUCUCUCAUCACUGGCUCACCUACCAGUGUCUCACCUAACAUUGUGAUUUCAGCUGUGGAAACAGCAGUCCAGGAACACACCUGGGACCAGUAGCAAUGAAUACUUACAAACCGUCUGUCGCUGUCUGCAGAUGAUGCUAAGAAUCGACGAGUACAGGCAUGCUUUUGUUAAUGUGGACGGCAUAAGUAUGAUUAUCCAAGUUCUCCCUGGCAAGGUUGGCUUCCAGAUUCAGUACCAGUUGACCUUCUGUCUGUGGUGUAUGACCUUCAACCCUGAGCUGGCUGAGAAGAUGAACAAAUACAAUGUCAUCCCCAUCUUGGCUGACAUACUGGGAGAGUCAGUGAAGGAGAAGGUGACCCGGAUCAUUUUGGCCACAUUUAGGUUUACUAUCAAGCUUGAAAGAAGAGCCAGAUCUCAGUCAGUCAAAACGAGUAGUGAUAAGAUAUCUCAAGUUCUGCUGGAUGUGAAUUAUGAGGAAGAAUCAGAGUUAUCCUGA